AUGACUCUAGUACAUGGAAUUGAGCUGCACAGUGACGUGUGGGAGGCGAUUACGAAAGUCCUCGACCUUGAAGACUGGAACCCCAACUUUGCUGAAUGUUUUGAUCCACUGGUCCCUGGUGUGUACACCUUCGGCUCUGUUCCACUUACCGAGGGUCGCCUUCUGAGUUGGCCCAACACGCUGCGCUCCAAACAAGAACCUUUCAAUCUGUUGGAGCCAUCUGAGCCAGGGAAUUUGACUGUUAUCAAGCUCCGGUUAGUUGAUCCUCUUUAUCACAUUUGCUCUACCCGAAAUGUGCCACCGCAGCAGCAGCACGAAUGGACCCCGGGGGCGUGA